AUGGCGAUUCAUUACGUCGAACAGAAUAGCAGCGAGUCUAUUGCCUGUCAUAGUGCCCCGGAGCCUGAUAUCCCAUUCUAUGAACAUACGGCUUCGGAAUCUAGUGCCCCUGGAUGUAGUAGCUCGGAGCCUAGUACCCCAGAACAUACUGCUGCCAAGUCAGCCGAGCCAGUCAAGCCAUCUAAGUUAUUCAAGCCAUUUGCGCCAGUCGAGCGAGAUGAGCUAGUCGAGCCAUUGGAGCUAGACACAGACCAGCCAGUCGAGCCCGACCAAAAGAAGCCGGUAUACCGCCCUCGUGAGGACCGAUUGAAUCAAAAGGCAACCAAAGGAAAUGCACAGGGCCUCUUUCUUCCGGAUUGUUGUGUUUUUGUGGGAAACCUCUCCGUUAAGGUUUCUCCUGAAAAGUUGGAAGAAGAUCUUACAGAAAUGAUCUCUGCAUUUGGUCGGUGUCAUGUUAAGAUCAAAUUGUCGCAGGGUUUGAAGAAACUACCUGUUGGAUUUGUACAGUUUGAGGACACCAAAGCAGCAAAUUCAGCAUUGAAACAAAAUGGAAACCUGAUGCUCCAUAAUCGGGUGUUGAGAUUGGAAUCCUCCAAGGCAAGACGAACUGCCAACUUCGGUUAUCUCUCUGAUGCUCCCAUCAAAAAAUCUGAAGUCAUCGAUGCCCUGAAGGGUCGUGGUAGUCUCGAGACCAUUUCUAUUGAACACUUCGUCACCCCAGAAGGUGUCAAUUCUACUUUCGGCCUUGUCACUUUCGCAUAUCCCGACGAUUACGCAGAUGCCCUCCAGCAUUUUCAAAACAACUCCGAGUACUACAUGACCAGAUCCAACAUGGACCCCAACAACGACAGUCAGCUUCCCCAGGAUUACUCUCCUGCAGGACACGGACCAUCUAACCAACCUCCCCCAAAUCGUGGCAAUCAGCAGCGAUACAACAAUGGCCGCAGAUCUUACCACCGUCCAUGGUACAGCGGUAGCAACAACAACAGAGGCGGAUUCCGAAAUGCUCCUGGUCCUGCCCCCAGACAUCAAAACACACCAUUUGCAAAUCAUGGUCACAGCCAAAGCUUCAGUGGUCAAGGUCAUUCGCCUCACGGCUCUUUCCCUCAGAACUACCCCGGUGGCAACGGUUUCCCUCAGAACUCCAACCAGGGCUAUCCCAACCCCAACUUCAAUCAAAACUUCCCUGGCAACUUCCACCCGAACUAUCAGGGCAACAACUUCCCUAACUACCCAAAUCAGGGCUUUGUAGCUGCGGGUCCCUUCCCCAAUCCCCCUGUUGUGUUCAACCAGAUGCAAAUGCCUGAAGGCCCACCCCCGCCAUAUCAUGCUGAGUACACUGCCAUGCCAGCCCCAGGUUUCCCUGUGUUCUUAGGCAAUCAACCAUACCAGCCUGCCAAUACUCUUCCUCCAAUCGUCACCCAGCCUCAGCCUGUUGCUGGUCCUGUUCCUCCUCCAUUUGACACCGAACAUCACCGACAACUCUACUACGAGCCUAUCCCAGCUGAGGAGCUCGCAAAUAUGCAGGCAAACUGGGUCGGUCACCCGGGUGCUUGUUACGUGCAGCCUGACUACAACCAGCCCUACCCGCCCACCGCAUAUCCUCACAGUCGCCAAUCUAGCAUGGAGAGCCAGCAGAAUACCAACUCGCCGCCCAGGGUCAAUGAGUCCGAGUCAACCUUGACACAGACUAAAGUCCAGACCCCUGAGAUUGAGAGAGGUCGUCCGCUAGUUCGGCCGCACCACCCCAACACCGAUGGAAGUUGUGACAUGACUCCAGUGCCUGCUCCUGCUGAGACACAGAGUGACCCCAUCCCAAUGCAAGGUCUGGAGGGUUCCUCAGGAAGAACUAACGUGGAACAUGCGAGCAAGUCCACUGAGGCUCAGGCUGAGCCCGCGGCACCUGUGACUAUCGAGUCCGAGAACAAACCCACCGAGCCUGAAACUGAGCUCAACCCGCCUCAGACCGACUCCACCUGUGCUGCAACUCGUGAUCAAGAGAAAGAAGAGGUGGUGGAUGAAACCAAGCCACCUUAUGAAAUCGACACCAAGGAUGAAGAAAGCGGCGGGUCCUCCUCUGAGGCCGGCCCCAAGACACCAGACUCCGAUGAGUCUCAGGAAAGCGCCAAACCUCAGACCCCGGCCAAAGCUACCUCACUGAAAUCAGCUGAUACCAAACCCGAUACCGUCGAGACCCUCAAGCCAGUCCAUAAGGGAACUCCAGACAAAGGCAAGUCCCGAGAAGUGGUCACACCCACUCCAACCAAGAGCAGCAAAAGACUCGAGCCCGCUGUGCCAGACAACAAACAUCUCCUGGCCCGCCAUGCUUUCCAGCAUCGCAAACCCCUCAAGAAAAAGUACCAACCCAAGACCGACACCGGCAAAACAGUUGAGCAGUACACCCGUGAGAUCAAUGCGCACCGCGCCUCGGUUGACCCUGACUCACGUGUCCCUGAACAUCUCUUGCAAGAGGUGAUCCAAGAGCUCGAGAUCGAGCGCAGAGAUAAUAUUCGGAAGAGCCAGGGUCUCGGCCCCAGUGAUAAGAGCAGUGUUGACAGUGGUACUUCUUCCAAGAAGUAG